AGCAGCCACAGGGGGAACCAAAGAGACAGAAGCCUUCCCAGCUGCCCGGACCACAGACGCCAACACCCCCCGUCCCCCACCACACGCCGCCUUGCCCGCCCGCGCCCCGCACGCUAGCCCACGACCGAGAGGCGGCGGCAGCAGCAGCAGGCUGCAGGCUGCGGUGACUCGCACCGGUGCGCUCCUGGCAGCGCUUGCUAUCCCAAGUGACUCGGACUGGCCCCGGGUCCCCGGCCCCAGCUCCCGCUGGCGCCACCCGCCCUCCUGUCCUUUCCCGCCUCUCUACCCCCCAGCUCGCGGGAAGGGAGGUCGCGGCAGCGGCCUGGAGGCACCGGCGACCGUGGCGACAGCGGCGAAAGUGGCGGCGGCGGUGGCGGCAGCGGCUGCGGCGGCGGCAGAGGCUGCGGCGGCGACCGUGGCAGAGGCUGUGGCGGAGGCCUCCGUAGCGGAGGCGGAAGCAGAGGUGGAGGCUGAGGUGGAGGACGAGGCCUCAGUAGAGGAGGAGGCAGUGGCGGAGGCCACCCGGGGGGAGGUGGCGGCCGCCCUAGCAGAGGGGAAGGAGGCGGGGGCUGCCCUGGCGGCAGUGGUUGUGGAGGGUAGCGCGGCUGAAGCUGCCUGCGCCGCCGCCGCCGCCGCCGCCACUGCAGCAGCAGCUGCAGCAGCAGCAGCAGCAGCAGCAGCAGCAGCAGCAGCAGCAGCGGAGGCUGCGGCGCCCUCCUUGGGGGAGGCGGACGCGGACGAGGACGAGGAGGCGGAGGUGGCGGCGGCCGCAGCGGCUGCAGCCGCGGCUGCGGCUGCGGAUGCGGAGACCAGCAGGGUCUCCGAGGGGAACCCAGACUUUCCUAUGGCCUCGCUGUACGUGGGCGACCUGCACCCUGAAGUGACAGAGGCAAUGCUCUACGAGAAGUUCAGCCCGGCCGGGCCCAUCCUUUCCAUCCGCAUUUGCAGGGACAAGAUCACCCGCCGCUCGUUGGGCUACGCGUACGUCAACUACCAGCAACCGGUGGACGCCAAGCGGGCCCUGGAAACCCUGAACUUUGAUGUCAUCAAGGGCAGGCCCGUGCGCAUCAUGUGGUCCCAGCGGGACCCCUCGCUCCGCAAGAGUGGGGUGGGCAACGUCUUCAUCAAGAACCUGGGCAAGACCAUCGACAACAAGGCGCUGUACAACAUCUUCUCGGCGUUUGGCAACAUCCUCUCCUGCAAAGUGGCCUGCGACGAAAAGGGGCCCAAGGGCUACGGGUUUGUGCACUUCCAAAAGCAGGAGUCCGCAGAGCGGGCCAUUGAUGCGAUGAAUGGCAUGUUCCUGAACUACCGCAAAAUUUUCGUUGGGAGAUUCAAGUCGCAUAAAGAACGAGAGGCCGAAAGGGGAGCCUGGGCUAGGCAGUCCACCAGUGCUGACGUCAAGGAUUUCGAGGAAGACACCGAUGAGGAAGCCACCUUGCGAUGAAGACAUGCCAGGAGCCAGUCAGCCAGCAGAGCCAAAUCUUGGCUCCCACCCGGUUUACAACUCCCCUCUUUGCCCCCUAACCCACCAGCAGUGUAUUGUAUUGUACUGGGAGUGCAGGUCUCUCUCUCCUCUCUUCUCU